UGCUGUGAUGUUUUAGACGACAGACAUGAAUACAAUAAUGUAUGCAAUUCAUUAAUUUUAAUCAGGCACAAAUUGGACAACAUCCCUGUUCCUCCACGUGUUCAAGGACCCUUCAAGAUGUCUAUGCUUGCCGAACCUCGUCGUAAACAGAAGUGGUCUGUGGACCCCAGAAACAGCGCUUGGAGCAACGAUGAGUCCAAAUUUGGACAGAAAAUGCUGGAACGCAUGGGCUGGUCCAAAGGAAAGGGUCUUGGCAAGAGUGAACAGGGGUCUACAGAACACAUCAAGGUUAAAGUCAAGAACAACAGUCUGGGUCUGGGCACUGCAGCAAACAACGAGGACAACUGGAUUGCCCACCAGGAUGAUUUUAAUCAACUCCUUGCUGAGCUGAACAGCUGCCAUGCACAGAACAACACUGAUAACCCCACACAGGAACAGGGUUUUAGUUUGGAAGAAAAGUCAAAGACAUCUAAGAAAAGGGUCCACUACAUGAAAUUCACUAAGGCCUUUGUUCAACUACAAGAAGGAAGACCGUACUCUCAGUAGAUGUGUCUCAUGUCUCAUGAGACGAACUGGACAUCUCGCACACAACCUCAUCACGACCCCCUGUGGUAAUUGGGCCACCUCACUAACCUCAUGUCCGUGACCUCAGCUCAACUCUGAUUGGU